UGUAGAUAUAAUGAGAAAAAAACAUUUAAUAAAAUAUUAUAUAAUAUUCAUUCUAUUAACUAUUUUAAUCAUUUAUCAUGUUUUCAAAAAAUAUAAAUCUGAUUAUUGCCAUGCAAAUGAUUGCAUUAAAAUUACGUGCCAUUUUUAUAAUAAAAAUCAGAUUAAUGGCAAUAUAUGUGAUAGGCUCUGUAACAAGAUCAAAAUUGACAGAUGUUUAAAGUUUGAGAAGAAUCGACAAGUAUUUGAAGGUUCUGAUGGAUCUCUAUAUGUUUGCAAUUAUAAAUGGGAUGAUUAUAAAAUCUUUCAAAAUUAUGUAAAAUCAAAUCUAUAUAACCAAUAUUCAUAUCACAUAACAAAUAAUAGUCAAUUUUAUGAACUCAUUAUUGAUCAUUUGCAGCAUAAUUAUGGGCAUAGUGACUAUUCAUAUGUUUGGAAAAAUAUUGUUAAGCUAUUAGAUAUGAAUAAAGAUAAAAUAUAUAGCGCCGAUGAAGUUAACACUCUAUACUCAUUGAUAAUGGUGCCGGAUUUCUUGUACAGGUUGUUAUUUUGGGAUGCUACAUACUUGCCGCAAGUUUUAGGCGCUUGUGGUAGUGUUUAUUCGUUGAAAUAUCCCGGUCAUAAUUUUAAAGUUACCCGAUUCACAAAAUGGAAAAUCAGAGCCAGUCUUGCCCAGAAUCUCAUCGCAUUUUCUAUUGAUUUUCUCUAUAGAUCGCCUUAUUCCUCAGAUUUCUCACCAAUUUUAGGGAUAUAUCGCUUCGAUCCCAAUCUGCAAUUUCGCGUUACUGAUGAUUACCAAACUAAGAUUAUGUUCCCCUCCGAGAUUCUAACGCCCUUUAGAAUUUCAAAUCGGCUACAUAAUUUACCUAUCAAUAUCAGUAAUUCCAGUUUUUUUCGUAUCUGCCCAGUCUUAAUUGAUCAUUUAAACCUAUUUGAUAAUUAUCCAGAUGUUCUCUUUGAAAAUCAAUCGAUAUCCGAAAGCAAAGCACUUAAAGAUAUCAUGAGGAAAAUGAAAAAUGAAUGCCACUUUAUGGUAAUGAACAAAGCGUCAUUUAUCGAUGCCGAAUUUCAUGAUAUCGUUAUUACUUCUCUAUUCUCCCAAUUCAAUGCAUUGUUAUGGCGUUCCCUCAAAAUUCAUCGCCACCCCAUUACUUUCGCUAAACCUGGUGAAUGGGCUCUCGACAAAUGGAUAAAGGCAUUUAAAAUUAUAGAAGAGUGGAAAUUGCUUAUAGAUCCACCUUACUCUUCCAUGGACUCUAAAGACUCGUAUAUGAUACAAAGGUAUGUGGAGGAGGCCUGGUUUUUAUGAGCUAUAACUACAACUGACUUCUCAAAUGUAAUUCAUCUACUAUUAUAUCUAUCAAUCUUAAUUUAUGCGUUAUAAUAUUUGUUGCAGUUUUUAAAAAAAAUGUUUUAUGAGUAUGAACAAUUAUUUUUUAUUCUGUUAUUAUAUCAGUUUUAUUUCUAUUUUUUGUAAAAUAUUAUAAAUACGUUAUUAUAAAAAAAAGCGCCAAAUGUAAAUAAAUUAUAUAAUAUAUUAUUGUUAAAGUUAAUCAUAAUAAAAAAGUAACAAAUUAUGGGAAAUAAAUACAUGAUCUAAAAAGUAUAUCUGUUUCAAAUUUCGCUUAUUUAUUUUAUACUUAUAUUUACCUCGUUACAUUAUUUGCAAUUUUGUAAAAAAAAAUUAGUAUUUUAUUAAAUAUACAUCAAACCAAGUGACUUCGUUAAAUAUUCCUUGUAAAUCUUCUUGGGAUGGAAGCUUAAGAACUUUCUGGAUAUUUAGAAACCUAUGUUUUCGUAUCGGGCUGAUAUUUCAUCUUAUUUCAAAUAUCGGUUAGUCGAUAUUAUUAAAUUAUCCUAUCCGAUAAA